AUGGAGGCCGCGGGCGGCGGCUGCGCGCGGAGCGCCCCGGCUCCCGCGCCGCUCUGGGGCUGCGCGCGGGGCGCCGCGGCCGCGGGGCUCGGCCCCCCGGCGCCCUUCUCCUUCCACCCCAAGCCGGAUUUCGCUCCGUACUGCGACUUCGCAGCCUCCUGCCCGGCGGCGGCUCCGCACAGCUUCCCGCGGGAGCGGCGGGCGCCGGAGGAGCGGUGCCCCGCUCCCCAGCGCGCCCGCUGGCACCCGGAGGCCGCGCGACGUCCCCAGCCGGCGCUGGCAUCGGCGGAGCCCCACGGGGGCAGCCCCGACCUGCUGGGCGCUGCCGUGGCCGCGCGGGGCACCUACGAGCUGCAGGGUGUCGCUCCGAACAGGACCGAGCCAAAGGCGUCCAGGAGGAGGAAGGAAAACUCAGAAAACCAGAACUCAAGCACCAAGCCAGAAAGAAGCAGCAAAUCGCGGAAGGAAAGGACAGCUUUCACGAAGGAGCAGCUACGGGAGCUGGAAGCUGAAUUUGCCCACCAUAAUUACCUGACAAGGCUCAGGAGAUACGAGAUAGCUGUAAACCUGGAUCUCACGGAGAGACAAGUGAAAGUAUGGUUUCAGAACAGAAGAAUGAAGUGGAAGCGCGUGAAAGGCGGACAGCCGGUGUCCCCCCAGGACCACGACGCAGAAGAUGCAGACUCUGCUGCCUCCGCCAGCUCCGAAUAG